GGAGUGCAGAAGGUUGGAAAAAAUCAGGGACAGAGUGGUUACAUUUCUUUUUUUAACCUAGAGGAAAAUCGGGCCAGAUGUUUUUAGACCAAGACUUUGUGGAACAGAGAACAAACUCUGGAAAGCCAGCAGCCAAAACAUAUGAAAUCCUAUAAAAUCCUGCCUCUUAUUCCUGUCAGUGAUCCUUCUUUAAUUGCUGUGCAAUACUGGACAUCCUCAUCAAAAUGGGCAAUGAGAACAGUAAUGCAGAAAAUCAGAGCUCUCCACAAGACUCAGAAUUAGGCCAGCCUCCUGGGAGUGGGAACACUUUGAAAAGGAGCCCUCAGGAAAACAGCAUAGAAAGAUCUGGAGGUCAGGACAGCUCAGAUCUUCUUCCUGCCACUGUGCAACUGUCUGAGAGCAAAUCCCCAUCAGUUCCAGGACCUCCAAGCAUCAGUAAUGAAGGCAUCAGUAGCUUCAGUGCUGAAGAUUUACCCAACCCAAAGUCAAGCAUGAUGUCUUCAGAGGUGACAGGACAGAACAGGAUCUUGCAAGAAGAUGGAGGACAAACAGGCUCUGAUUUCUUAAAGCAGGCUGCAGAAGCAAGAGAGAGAAGUCUGCCUGCUUCAGUGCCUUUAGCAGACUGUGCCAAAGAACCUGUCACAGCAGACCUUACAAGCAGAAGUGACAAGUUCCCAACCUCAGACUGCACUGAAGCAGUGCCAUCACCAUGUCCCACGAGUGACAAAGAAGAGGGAAUAGCACAAGCUGAGGACAGAGGCCCACACUGUGACAUCAUUGCUGCCACUUCUAUGAAAAAUGGAGAGAAUGAUCCCAGAAAGCCCAGCCUGGAGCCCAGCCCUCCUGCAGCAAUCACAGAAAUGCCAGGAACUGCACAAAGGAGUUGGAGUGAAUUAGGAUUGCUAUGGCAGAGGGAACAGCUGGGUGGCAUGAGGGAACCACAUGUCAGCACCUUCCCCCAGGGUAAAGAAGCAGGAGAUUAUUUUACUGCUCAGGAGGCCAAGCAGGAGCAAGGAGUUUUGGAAGUAGGUCAGGCACAGCUUGUAAUGCAGCAAGGUAGACAGGACACAGAUGGUGGAGAGGGUCUGCUAAUGAAAAAGGAAACCCUAAUCCUAAAUUAUCCAGCAACAGGAGGCUCAGACGGUGAAAAAUUUGGAGCAAAUGUGGAUGCUCAGGGCUUUACUGAGCUCAGUGAAGUUGGCAAUCUACAGACAGGGGCUGUCACAACAGCUAAAGAGAAUGAGACAAAUCCAGCUCUAUCUGGAAGCAAAGGGGAGCAAUCAGAAGCCUGUACUUUAAUGUCAGAGUUGCCUUCUAACCCUCCGAAUCUCUUUCUGGUACCAAAGCCUAAAGAGCCUUCGAGGGAAUAUGUGCAUGGAAAUGACACUCAGGAUCCAAUGAGUGGUACAGGGAAAACAGCCUCUGAAAAAACUGAACUCAUUUUUCAAAGAGAGCUUCAAAAGGAGGAUGAGCUCGUUAGCACUGAGCAUUGCACUGUGCCUUUAUCAUUUAAGCAAAAGGAAGAAGAAAAAUCAGCUGUCACAACUGAAAGCCUAAAAGAUGAAGCCAGUAGCAAUGAAAUUACAAAAGCUGAUGAUGUGUCUAGAGAAAGCACCAUACUUUCUGAAACAGAAAGCAUUAUCAGUCCCACCACGGAAAAUUCCCCAGUAGAUAAAAGAUUAAUACCUGAAGAAUAUGCAUCAAGUACUUCUCUGAGCAGAUCCACAGAGCUGAAUCAAAAAGAAACCAAGGUGGGUUUAACAGGAGAAAAAAAAGAAGACAGAACAGUGGAGGCACAAGUAACAGAAAGCACUGAAUUUCCUGAGGGGUCAAGUGGAGCAGAAAGACAACCACUGAACUCUGUCAGCAGCCACCACCAGGACAUGGAAAAUACCCACUGGGGACACAAUCCUGAAGAUUUCAGUCUUUGUAAAAAGGCUUCCCCAGGGCAAGAAGCUGUGGGAAAGCCUCUGCAUUUAGACAGCAACUUUACACUGCAAGAACACAAUUCAGACUCUCUUGGUUGCAAACCUGAACAACAAAUGAGUGAAGAAAAAACUGAGGAUCUGAAGAAUAAGCUUGUGGCUUCACCACAGUUUCCAAGAGAGGAAUGUCCUCUGAGUUUUGAUUGCUUCAACACUGAGGCAGAAGACAAAACUUCAGGCCAGUCAGGCUGUAGUGGGACUGAAAAAGUUUGUUCAGAUGAUGCACACAGUUCACCUCUCCUCCACCCUGAGAACAAUAACAUUAAGCAGAGUAAGCAGGAUGAGGCCUGGGAGAAAGCUAUUGCUAGAGAAACUGCAUUGGAACCUGAAUGCAAAACUGAGAGUCAAGGGAAGGCUGAGAGCUAUAGCAAGUCAGAAAAAGGAGGAGAAAUGUCCAAAUCAAAACCUGAGCCCCAGGGCUCUAAUGAGUUGGCAGUGCCCAUGGAUUGCAUGGAUUUACGAAGUGAGGAGACCUCACAGGUUUCCAGAGCAGAAGAGGAUGGUGCCAUCACUGAAAUGCUUUGCAGUGAUCCAGAGCAACAACCUGCAGCUGCACAAAGCAGUGCCAGGGAUGGGGAAGUAAAUGAGGAUAUCCAGCAGGAGAAGCACCAAACUGGGGUGAAAAGUUUUGUGGAGGACGAAGAUUUGACACUGAAAAGUGAACGGAAAUGUGAUGAGCAAGGUCAGCUGGAGCAAGAAGCAGCAGAAAGUCACAGAAAUAUGAAGGUGGUUUGUUUAGAAACCUCCCAAGCUGUAGCUGAUCCUUCAGGACUAAUUCCUCAGCCUAUUUGUGUGGAGGAAGGGGGUGACAGCCCUGUCAGUGAAAACAAGUGUCCCUCUGAGAGUGACACGUGCAGCUCUUCAGGGACCCUGGAAAUCAGAGAACUGCAGGAAAAUGCAGGUGUUCCAGCUGCUCUUCCCCAAGCAGGGCAAAUGGAGGAGUCAGUGUCUGCUGCUGGGGCCAGUGACUGGAUUUCAGACACAGGACUUGAACAGCAGAACCAGCAAAGCAGUCUGACAACUGUCACAAGAGCAGGUGAUCAGGAGCACAGAGAAAAUGCUCUAAAACCUGAAGGGCCAUUGGACCUACAUAAUCACAGCAACAUACCAGAAAUACCUCUCAACAUUUCCAACAACCUCAAUAAAGAAUCUUCUGUGCCAGGUCCAGCCCCGACCCAAUGUGAGUCUGCCACAGGAAAAGAAAAGGAGCAGGAUAAAAGCAGUGCUGUGGUGUCAGAGAGUAUGUGCAGCAGUGAACAGGGGCAAAAUAUUCCUGAUGUGACAAUGUUUAAUUUGCCAGAUUGCAAUGAGCAAAACACAAGUGAUCUCAAGGCAGAAGAAAACUGCUGCAGUAAGCAAAACUUGAACAAGCCCAAGCAGGAUAAUAAUUCUUUGAUCUCAGCUACUCAGCAUGAAGCAGCAUGUCAUACCAAUGUGUUUUCUAAAGAAUCUGACAAGAAUGAACAGCCAGGCAGUGUAUGCAGGAUAAAGGAUACUCCUGGUGAAAGCUGUGCUGCUGAUAUAAACCCUGCUCUUCCAGGGAUGCAGAAUUCAGCAAGUGCCACUAACAUUUCACAGGCUUUGCCAAGUGAUCCAGAAAUAGCACAUACUUCUGAUAAUCCUGAGAAAAAUGAGCCUCAAAUAUCCCAUCCAGAAACUGAAGGGGAAAUGCCAUUAAUGGCAAAUAACUUGGAAAAGAUUGAAGGUUUGAUUGCUGACAGGGAAAUUAUACAGAAAGAUGGAAACACAGAGUUAAGUUGUGAGGACAGGGCUUCUGCCAUGGAAACAAGGCAAAGUGCUAAAAGUCCAGGGGCACAAGGAUCUCCUUCACCAUUGCAGGCACACAGGGAAGUUAUUCCCACUGAUAAGUCAUUUAAAUCCAGCUGCAUUCAAAAGACACCAGAAGAGCCUGGGUAUGGUCAAGCAAAUUUUACAGCCCUCUCUCCAGAGACCUCUGCAUUCAGCCAUCCCAUCCAGCAACCUAGAAACAACAGUGGAACCAAGGGAGAUUUGCUAAAUAAUGAGCUGGAAGUUGUAGCACCCCAAAAAGCCUUAGAAAGUAAUUCUGAUUUGCAGAUUGCUGCAGGUUCUCAGGUGUCUGCACACACAGAUCCUACACCCAGGGAAAGCAGAGGUAAACCAGCAAAUUCAGAAAAGAGUUCUGCAGGGAGUAUGGGUGUGGAUGAAAUAGAUGUUCCAGACCAGAGUUUUCAGGGUGAUGAAAACAGAAGUUUAGCCCUGCCAGAGACUUUAAAUGUGGGGCAGGGUCCUGGCAACUUCACACAGUUGAAUCCUGAGAAGCUGAAAGAAGAGGUAUCUGCAAUUAAAUCCAAAGAAACAGAAAGUGAGGUAAACUUCAAAGAACAGCAAAUUGACAGUUCAGCAGAGUCUCUGUUCACUCUCCCGACUCUAGAAGAGAAGCUGCUGAGCCUUUCAUCUGUUGGUAAACAAGGAGGCUGUAAUGAGGAAAUUGCAACCAAGAUCUGCAUAGAUGACAAGUGCGGUGAGAUCUUAGAGAAAUCUGGGAAUUCACAAAAACUGGAAGAGCUUUCAAAAGAGAAUAAUAACAUAACCAGGGCAGAGAUCAGUAUUUCUGAGCAGUCUGCAGAGAACUCUGGAAGGGAGCAUGAGGCUCUGACUUGCAGCUCUCUGGACAUCAGCUCCAGCCUUCCAGACUUUAGGCAGCACAUCAGCCAGAUAUUUAAAAAAACUGUCCACAGCACUCUGAGUGCUGAAUUACCCCAACUUUUGUCUGAAAACCAUGCAGACUUCAACCAGAGUCCAGUGGCCAGGGACACAGCAGAAGUGUGUGGUGCUGAGAACUUUUCAGAAUCCAACCAGGAGAGCAAAGCAGCUCCUGAGGGCACCUCAGAAGCAGAGGGGCAAGAGUUGUCUUUAGCUACUGAGACAUCCUGCAAAGCUGCUGAAGGCAAAUCUCUGCAACAAGAAAACACCGUGGCAGAGCUGCCACCCCCGAGGCUCCAGGACGCUGAGAAAAACAGGCAGCCCAGUAGCUGUUUGGAAGUGAUCCCUGGGCUGGAUGGCACAACACCUGCUGCAAGCACUCUGGAAAAUCUGCAAAAAUCAGCCCAAACCACUGAGCAACCAGAGAGCGGUGAGAUGGAAAGAAAGGAAGGCGUGUGUGCUGGUGGAGCUGAUCCUGACUCACUAAUAAGCUUAGAGAUAAAGCAGCAAGAACUGGCUUCAUUUGAUGGGGCAGCAGCUGAGAACUUCCCUGCAUAUUCUGCCAGUGAGCAACAACCCACUGGAGCUGUGAUCUCCACAGGCGACGUACAGAAGAGUGAGUCAAAAGAUGCUGCUGCUGCAGAGGGAAAUAACUUCAUUACAGAGUGUAAGGCAGAACCAGUUUCAUCUGGAGAGGAUGUAAGUCUUCCUACUGAACAGUGCCAGGAUCCUAAGCCAAAUGAACAGGAGAAAAGCGAGUCCGGUGCUCCAGACACUGCCAAGAGCAUCUCUGACAUGGCAGCUUCAACGUUUGUCCCAGGAGGAUCUUACAAGCAUGAAAAAUUGCCAGACAGUUUGGAUGUGUCACCCGGGGAAAAUCAGGGGACACACAUUGACAGCAAUUUUCUGCAUGAUGUUAAUCCUCGGGAUGACAUGCAGGUGAUAGAGGAUGAUCCAGUAAGUAGAAAAUGCUUGGAAACAUUGGAAGAGUCACAAGAUGCACAGGAAGAAAAGGAAUUGACCGUGCAUGGGUUAAUAGAUUACUUAAAAAAUGAAGGGAGCCAGGAUGAUUGCUUGCAAACUGACUCUGAAUUGGAAUCCAGCAAUAAGACUGAGGGCAAUGACAAAGAGAACAGUGACCCAGUGUUAAAGACAGGCAAUGAAAAAACUGGAGGCAUCCCUGAAACAGGUACUGCCAGGAUGUUAGUCACUGGGGAAGGUGACUUAGCUUUGAAAACAAGCACUGAAGAGCAGGAAACAGACCUGCACAAAAACCACUCUCCAACUGUUCCUGAGAUGGAGCAGGGUGAGCAGUCUGCAUGUGCAGAUCUUGCUGUUGCUGAAAAUGAGCAGAACAAGGUGAAUUCAGAAGAAGAAAGCUCACUUCAGGAUGCCAAAAGAAAGCUGUCCCCUCUUGCACUCACUGAGAACCUUGACCUCAAUGAACUUCAAGAGAUGGCUGUGGCAGGAUUGCCCUCUGAAAGCCCUCCUGGGCCAGGUGAUGCUAAACAGUUGGCUUCUCCCCCUGAUCCUUCUGCACCUCCCUUCCCUGUUUCUGUGGCAUCUGGAGAUGUUGAGCCCGUGGAUGUUGCUGAGCUGACUGCAGCAAGCACUUUCAAGCUUGAUAAAAGCAAAGAAGCUGAUAACCUCCUUCCUGGGGAUGAACCUUUGGCUGCAGCCCCUGCUGAUGGUGUAGAAGUGCCUGCUCAAGCAGCUGAAGGUUUCUCAAGGGAAAAAAAGAGGAGCUCUGACUCUGAAGAAGCAUUUGAGACCCCGGAGUCCACCACACCAGUCAAGGCACCACCUUCACCUCCACAGCCACCCCCUGAAGCAGCAGCAGCUGUUGCAGCAGACAUAGCAGAACAAGAAAUAAAACCCCAGCUGCCCUUGGAAGACACAGGAUUACCUUCAGAAACCCCACCUGUACCUGAUGUGUCCCACAGUGAUCCAGUUGAAGAAAACCCUUUCCGUCCCCCUUCCCAUUCUUUUUCCACCGUCUUCGAUGAGGACAAACCCAUAGCCAGCAGUGGAACUUACAACUUGGACUUUGAUAACAUUGAGUUCGUUGACUCUCUCCAUGCCUUAGGACCGAGCUCUCCAGACCUGAAGAAUCGUGAUCCCAAAGCCAAUGUCAGAAGAAAAUCAACUGAUUCAGUCCCAGUUUCCAAAUCGACGUUGUCUCGAUCUCUUAGCUUGCAAGCAAGUGAUUUUGAUGGAGCAUCUUAUCUUGGCAACAGUGAGACAUUAGCCCCAGCAGCAGAUGUGUAUGGUACUGGUUCAAGCAGUGCUUCCAGCACCCUGAAGAGAACAAAGAAACCCAGACCAGCUUCCAUAAAAAAGAAGCAGUCAGCCAAAAAAUCUCUGGAUGCUCCAGCAGUGAAGGAAACCCCACAAGAACCACCUGACCUUGGCCAAGCAGCUUGUGUCCCAGGUGAGGAUAAAGCAGCCUUGGAAGCCAAGGCUGACUCAGUAAAGCCUGAAUGUACUGAACCUUCUCAAAUCUCUGCUGAGAAACAGGAGGCCCUGCCCGUGCCUGAAGGAUCCAACCCUUUGGAUCCGGAGAGUUUUGAAGGGAUCUUUAGCACUGGAGGCAGCAAAAUACAAAACUCUCCCCCUGCCAAGAAGAAAUCACUACCUCUGACCACGGCACCCCAGGCUGGGGAAGUGACUCCGCCGGACACCGGAGGACAAGAGGACCCUCCUGUCAAAGGCAUUGCAGUGAGGCUGGAGUUCGAUUAUUCUGAAGAAAAAGGGGUGAGUGAAGAGCAGCAGGAGAGUGCUGCUCCUCCCAAAAAAGCAGGGAAAAAGCCCGGUGCUAAAAUGCCACUACGGAGGCCAAAGACUAAAAAGUCAGUGGAAAAGCCUGACAAUGCUCCAACCACACCCACCAAGUCACCCGUGGAUCCAAACGAAAUCCCCAUCACUAAAGGCUCUUACACUUUUGAUAUUGAUAAGUGGGAUGAUCCCAAUUUUAACCCCUUCUCAUCUAGUACAAAAAUGCAAGAAUCCCCCAAACUGCCUCAACAAACGUACAGCUUUGAGCCAGAGAUGUGUGAGGACUCUAUUGACCCUUUCAAGUCUUCUCCUAAGAUUGCCAGCUCACCCUCCAAAUCUCCAGCUUCCUUUGAGAUACCAGCCAGUGCCAAUGAAACAAAUGGAACUGAAGGAGACAGCUUGAAUAAACCUGCAAAGAAGAAGAAAACUCCACUAAAAACUGAUACAUUUAGGGUGAAAAAAUCACCAAAAAGAUCCCCACUAUCUGAUCCUCCUUCUCAGGAUCCCACUCCACUGCCUACUCCAGAAACACCUCCUGUCAUAUCCACUGUGGUUCAUGCAACAGAUGAGGAGAAACUGGCAUCCUCAGUGACCAGCCAGAAAUGGACCUGCAUGACUGUGGACCUGAACACAGAUAAACAGGAUUACCCACAGCCAUCUGAUCUCUCUACAUUUGUUAAUGAGACUAAAUUCAGCUCUCCCACAGAGGAAUUGGAAUAUGGCAACUCGUAUGAAAUAGAAUAUAUGGAGAAAAUAGGUUCCUCUGUGCCACAGGAUGAUAGCACCCCGAAGAAACAAUCUUUGUACCUAAUGUUUGAUGCACAGCAGGAGAGCCCAGUCAAAUCACCUCCCAUCAGACUGUCUGAUUCCACAACACCAUGCUCAGGGUCAAGUUUUGAAGACCCUGAAGCCCAGCAAUCCUCUGGAAUGAAAAUUCAACAUCCAGCUUCCCGAGUCCUAGCUGCCAGCCAGGAGGCACAUUUACAGUCACCUGACAAGUCAAAGCAGAAAGACCUAGAGCCCAUGACCCUAGGAACAACUCCAGAGGCUAUUGAAAUAACAUCUCCUGAAGACUCCUUUGUCUCUGCUGAUGCUCUUCUCAAUAGGAUAUCUAAGAAAACCUCAAUAUGUGAUCAGCCUGAAUAUCUAGAUCCUGACUUAGCAGAAAAGAACCCCCCAGUAUUUGCUCAGAAACUUCAGGAGGAGUUAGAGUUUGCUGCAAUGAGGAUAGAAGCCCUGAAGUUAGCCAGGCAGAUUGCCCUGUCUUCUUUCCACUCCAAGAGAGAACCUGCUAUCCCAGCAGAUGUUUCCAUCUCUAAAAGUGCACUCUACUCCCGGAUCGGCGCCCCGGAUGCAGAAAGCACCACGGCUCUGCUCUACCCCCAGCAAGACUUGGACUCAGCUCUACGACUGGCUCGAGCAGAGAUUGUGGCCAAGGAAAGAGAAGUGUCUGAGUGGAAAGAAAAAUAUGAAGAAAGCAGAAGAGAAGUGAUGGAAAUGAGGAAAAUAGUUUCAGAAUAUGAGAAGACAAUUGCUCAGAUGAUAGAGGAUGAACAGAGAGAGAAAUCCGUCUCCCAUCACACUGUUCAGCAGCUGAUAGUGGAGAAGGAACAAGCUUUGGCAGAUCUGAACUCAGUGGAGAAAUCCCUGGCAGAUCUUUUCAGGAGAUAUGAAAAAAUGAAAGAAGUGUUGGAGGGCUUUCGGAAGAAUGAAGAAGUGUUAAAGAAAUGUGCACAGGAAUACUUGUCACGAGUAAAGAAGGAAGAGCAGAGGUAUCAAGCGCUCAAAAUUCACGCUGAGGAGAAACUGGACAGAGCCAAUGCUGAAAUUGCACAAGUGAGAGGCAAGGCCCAGCAAGAGCAAGCAGCAUAUCAGGCCAGCCUGCGUAAGGAGCAGCUGAAAGUGGAUGCUUUGGAAAGAACACUGGAACAAAAGAAUAAAGAGAUAGAAGAAUUAACAAAGAUUUGUGAUGAACUGAUUGCCAAAAUGGGGAAAAGCUAACUUUUAACCAAAUCUCUGGACUUCAAUACUGAGUGCAAUAUGACCAUUGGCACACUGAUGUCCAUACAUUUAUGUGGACAGGUUAUAUUUUCACUUUUUCGUAUGCACUACUGUAUUUUCUUUCUAAAUAAAGUUGAUUUAAUUGUAUGCAGUACAAAGAUGACUAUCAGAAUUUCUUGCUAUUGUUUGCAUUUUCAUAGUAUAAUUCAUAGCAAGUUGAUCUCAAAGUUCCUGUAUCAGGGAGAUUGUCAAGUUCUCUAAGAAAUUACAAAUUGCUGAUCCUAGCCUUCCCUUUGUACAUGAGUUCCCAUGUUGGAUGUCUUUUGGAUUUAAUAUAAACAUGUAUUACUUGCAUGGGGACUCUUGCCUUAAGGAGUGUAAACUUUAUCUGCAUUUGCUGAUUUGUAAAAUAAAAUUUAAAACAGAAAAAAAAAAAAAAGAAAAAAAAAUGCAUGUCACAAGU